UGAUAUGAAAGCUGAUUAACAACUUGGUAUAAUUCAGGUGCCGAAAUGAGUUGCAGCUGGCCAUGACAUCUUCAGUGUGAGUUUGUAAAAGCUUAGGUGGUUUAACUGUAUAAUGGGCUGUUCUUCAUCAUUGCACAACAAAGAGCUUGUUUCUAAAGUCAAUAUUUCGAAUAACCUCAGCGAUGCUCAAAAGAUUGCCAUACAGAUGACGUGGAAAACGGUCGAAGAAAAUCGAACGAAGAUUGGAAAACAAACAUGGAUAAGGGUUUUCGAAUUAAAUCCUCAAAUUAAGAAGAUGAUGCCAGAGUUUAAUACAAAUGAUCCAGUGGAAGAGCUGAAAUCGGCACGAGCUUUAUUUGGACACAGUAAAACCUACAUGAAAUGUCUUGAAAAUGCUGUCACAUCCAUGGACGAUAAUGAACGCUUUGUCACUUAUCUUGUUGAACUCGGGAGACGACAUCAGGUUCGGCCCCUCAAAGCCCAUUACUUGGAUUUGAUACAUGAGGCCUUCAUGUUUUCUUUAAAAGAAAUUUUCCAGUCAGAAUGGACAUCUGAAACUUUUGAAGCCUGGGACGCUUUAUCUAAAUUCAUGUUCAAGGCGAUGCUUACAGGCCUGAAUGAUACAUAACUGCUUUUAUGCUUACAAAUUCUCCACUCAAAAAAAUGUGUUCUUCCUUGACAGAUUAUUGGAUACCACUAUAAUCAGUAUGUUUUUUUUUAUCAUUUAGUUCCUCCAACAAUUCGCUGGUAUCCAUUUAUACUCUUGGGGGUGGGGAGAGAUUGAAAGACUGUGAGACUGUGCAGCAGACGUAAGCUGCCAAAUAACAAAUCCCAAGGAUGCCGCCCUGGGUUCGAGUUCGGACACUCAAUCAUGGUUCCAACGAUACCAGUCAUUAUUUUGAGAAAUCACAAUUUCAAUGGUGGACUCAACGAAAGCUAAAGUCGAUACAUAUCGCUGUCUUCUUCAUCAUUCGUCCGAUAUGUGAUCAAGGGAAUUUCGGAAUUAUCACCCUCAGAAUGAAAUAAUCAGUUUAUCAAGUGACCUCUAGUUAAUGAAUUUGAAUACAGCUGUAUAAAAUAACCUGUCCCUUACCGGACUAAGUCUUAUUACGUUAGUAAAUAUUGCUUGAUAACUUUUUCUUUCAGAUUGGUACAGUGGUAUAAAAUGUCCAAGUAGCGAUAGUUUUUCAAAAAGUAACGAGAAUUGUAAGCAGAAUUUGCGGUUGUAGAUCGCUUUCUUUUUCUUGAAAGAGAACCAAUAUUUCGCGCCCUCGUAAGGGGAAGUUGUUAUUGUUCACGUAUUUCCUAGGGCAGGAGAAAUUUGGCGAGUUCGCUCUCAGAAAAGCAUUGGUUCAUUAAACUUUUCAUUGUUUAUUAAAAAAAAUGCUAUCAAAGACAUUAUUUCAAAGCCCAUGAGCGUUUGGCACUUUUAGUCCGUAGAAAAUUGUUAUUUACAUUUCGUUUUUGCACUAGUGUAUAAUACAAUACAGAGAUAUGUCAUCUACAAAUACUUUUGUUAUUAUAAUGAAUUAUUUUACUCAUAUUUGAUUAUGAUAAGAUUCUGAACAACCAUGAGUAAAUAUUUGCUUACGUUAUGUCAUAAAGUUAUUUAGGCCUGACUUGAAGCCAAUAUACGGCAUCCAAAGACGAUUGCUCGAAUAACACCGGUCGGCCAGCCAAAAGCGCGGAAAAAUAAGUGGAAGCCGACGUGUUUUGGCGGGAAACACAAAGCACAAAAUAAAGCAUUGUAGCUCGUGUUGUCGUACAGACAAUUUUUGAAUAAGUGUUAAGCUGAAAUGAUGUCAGAAUCGCAAAAUCAAAUAAAUUUACGGGGAAGAAGACACUCUAGUACACCUGAAAGUGAGAAGGUUUCCUUGAAAUUUUUGUUUAAACAGACAAAAACCGCGAAGAGCUCACCUUGAGAAGACGAUCUGUUAUUCACGUGUCACCUUGCGAUUAGGACUAAGCGACAAUUCAAGUUCAAUGCAUGACAUUCGUAGUGGCUACAAAUGCUACCUCUGGGCAGUUCAACCCUAACCUACCACGCAAUCCGUUUGUGUUAGAAACGGCUUCAAGAAACUAGCAUUUAUGCUUAGAACUUGAUGGAAAUAAGUUUUCGCAU